AUGAUCAAUUAUCGCCCCGCAAAGAUAGAAGAUCUAGCCCAGAUCCGCGACAUCAACAGACAUUACAUCCUCAAUACUUCGCUCACAUUCGUGCGAGCCCCACCAUCCUUUGACUCAUACAUUGCCAAACUGAACGAUCUCAAAUCUCGAGGCCUCCCAUAUCUGGUCGCAGUUGAUGAAACACAAAAGGCAGAUGAUGGAAAUGAUCUUGUUGUUGGCUACGGGUCACUUUCUCCAUUUCGCCCACAGAUGGUCUCAUAUGCUCCAACGGUUGAGCUGACGCUAUUCAUACACCCAGACCAUCAAUCGCAAGGAUCGGGAUCGGUGCUCCUUGCGCUUUUGCUGGGGGAAGUUGAAACUGGCCAAGUCUGGCAUAUAUUUGAGGAACCGGUUAUCAGCAGCGGAUCCACUGAAGCCGAUCAUGAAAAUGAGGCUAGUGGUGCGAUGCGGGUCAGAAAUGUGAUUGCCGUUAUGGCCGUUGAUCCUGAGGGCAAGGAACAAGGUGAAGCUUUGAGGAAAUGGUAUGUGGCACGAGGUUUUGAAGAGUGCGGUCGAUUGAAGAAGGUCGGAUAUAAGAGAGGAUAUUGGUGA